UUUAAUUGUAUUCAAGGUCAUUUAUUAGAUUCAGUUGCAUGUCUUUAUGGAAUAGUUCUUGACCUGUUUGGUUGCUGAGAAAAAGUAGGCUAGAUAAGAUUGGAUGCUGGAUCAUUUAUGUUUUUGUUGAUUGUUUCUUUGAUUGGACAAAAAAUCAACUAAAUCGGCUAAAGUAACCCGUGAACUCUGCUAAAGCUUAGUUGAGAGGAACGGGAUUCGAAGGGUUGUAUAAACUAUCUAUUUAGUUCAGGUAGAAUGAAUGAAAGCUACAGCAAUGCAAGUGCAAGCUCAAGCUCAAGUUUAAAUAGCAGCUCCCAUGAUACAGAGGAUGACCAUACCAUUGCAAGUAUCUUAGCAGAAGAUGAAAAGCUGAGAGUUGAUGGCAGGCUGGGGAAGAGACUUUCUCAUUUAGACUCAAUUCCGCACACCCCUCGGGUUAAUGGGGAGAUACCUGAUGUGAAUGAUGCUACCUUAGACCAUGAGCGACUGUCAGAAAGAUUGGCCACCUACGAUUUAGCUGAACUGCAAAUUGAGGGUGAUGGGAAUUGCCAGUUUCGAGCAUUAGCAGAUCAAUUAUUUCGCAAUUCAGAUUACCACAAGCAUGUGAGAAAGCAAGUGGUAAAGCAGCUAAAGCAUCACAGAAGAUUAUACGAAAGUUAUGUCCCAAUGAAGUAUAGAGGUUACCUGAAGAAGAUGAAAAAAACUGGGGAGUGGGGAGAUCAUGUUACCUUACAAGCUGCUGCAGACCGAUUUGAAGCCAAAAUUUGUGUAGUCACGUCUUUUCGAGACACAUGCUAUAUUGAGAUCCUUCCCAACAAUGGAAAUCCUACCCGAGAGGUUUGGCUGAGCUUUUGGAGUGAAGUUCAUUACAAUUCUUUGUAUGCAAGUGGAGAUGUUCCAACAAGAGCUCCAAGAAAGAAGCAUUGGCUUUUCUAGAAUUUGUCUAUCAUACUCGAAGACUUCACUUUAUACUUCCAGUUUACACUUCCACUUUAUUAUAUUGGCAAGUCUCCUUUGUAAUAGUAUAUAAUAUAAUAUAUACAAAUAUAUAUAUAUAUAUAUAAAUUUAAAAAUUAUGUGUUGUAAUUAACAUGAUUUAGAUCUUGGUAUUGCAGAAAUCAAACAUUAGAUAUAUGUAUAUACAAAUUUCCUGUUGAUUUCAUCCUGUAUAGUCAUGUGUAGAGCAUGGCUGAGCUUGAGCCAAAUAUACACUGAAAUUUUGCAUUUGAUUUAUUUGUUUAUUAAUACUAUUAUUAUUAUAUGUAUUGUUAUUA